CGGGCGCGGCUGAGUCAGUGCGGGCAGGGGCAGGAGGAGGAGGAGCCGCGGCGCCUUAGCCUUCGCGCCGGCCGCCGCUCGCUGGCUUUCCGGCCAUGAGCCCCCCGGCGGCGGGGCCGGGGUCGGGGUGGUGGCCGGGGCCGGGGCGGGCGGGCGUCGGUCGCUGAGCCAUGUCGCGGGCGGCGGGCGGCGAGUGCCGCAAGGAUGCGGCGGGCUGGGAAGGGGAGGACGGGCAGUGCGACUCGGGCAUCGAGUCGCUGCGCUCGCUGCCGGGCGGGAGGGAGACUCCCGCCUCCGCCGACAUCCCCCCCGCCGCCGCCGACAUCCCCCCCACCACCGCCGCCGCCGAGACCGCCGCCGCCGAGACCCUCGCCACUGAGACCGCCGCCGAGGAGCGGCUGGACUCCAGCUACGGCUCCGGCGCCCUUGCCGAGGCUCUGGCCGGGCUGCCGGCCGCCUGCCGGCCCGAGGAGCCGCCGCCGCCGCCCGAGGGGCUCAGCCGGCAGCAGCUGGAGGCGCUCACCUACGUUUCGGAGGACGGGGACACAUUGGUUCACCUAGCCAUUAUCCACUGUGUCCCAGCUGUGGCACUCUGCUGCAUUGCUCACCUGCCCAGAGAGGUGCUGGAGAUCCAAAAUGAUCUUUUCCAGACGCCGCUCCACCUCGCCGUGUACCUGGAGCAGCCCAGCGUGAUCCAGGCGCUGAUCCACAAGGGAGUGAACCCGGGGCUGCAGGACCGCAACGGCAACACCCCGCUGCACCUGGCCUGCCAGCAGCAGCGCCUGCAGUGCGCCCAGCAGCUGCUGCGGGCAUCGGCCCCGCCGCAGGGCACGGCACAGCCCCACGGGCAACAACAGGACCUGCAGCUCCAGAACUGGCAAGGCUUGGCCUGUCUGCACAUCAGCACCUUGAAGGGGAACAUCCCGAUGAUGUCUCUGCUGCUGGAGAGCGGUGCCAACAUCGAUGUUCGGGAGGGCACGAGCGGGAAGACGCCAUUGCACCUGGCCGUGGAGUGCCACAACCGCAGGGCUGUCCAGUUCCUGCUGCGCAACGGGGCGUACGUGGAUGCCCAGAUGUACAAUGGGUGCACCCCGCUCCACCUGGCUGUGGGCCGCAAGGAUGCCGCCAUCGCCGCCAUCCUCUCACACUCCGGGGCUGACACCCUGCUGAGGAACAUGGAGGAUGAGACAGCCCAGGACCUGGCCGAUGGCAACGAUGACCUCCUCGCCUUGCUGCCCUUUGAUGAUCUGAAGAUCUCAGGGAAGCCCGUGGUGUGCUCUGAAUGAGCGGCUGGACUCCUUUGGCCCGUCGGGCUGCUGCCUCACCCUGCGCUGUUGCCCUGCUGCCCGCUGGGACCUUGCCUGCCUUCAGUUCAGCGGGAGCAGAGACACUUUGGGAGACGUUAUCAUCCCUCCCUUUCCUCAUUGGAAAAGUUUUGUUGCCCUCAGGCUGCCUUCUCGGAGGAAAGAAGGUGUCGCUAUGAACACUACACACGGGAGGCUUUUCCUGUAGUAUUCGUGCCCUGCAGCAGGACUGAAUUUCCCUUCCUUGAUAUGGGUCUGACUUGUGGGGGUCUCCAGCUUACCCAGGGAAGGAGCAAAAGAGGACCCCUUUUCACGCUGUACGGUGGACGGAGCAUCCUCUGGCACCCCCAGACGCCGUCAGAAUAAGUGUGGGGUGAGAGGAGUUAAUGCUCACUCUAAUAAACGUUUGUUCUUGC